AUGGGAUGCCAAGCAAGUAGAGAAGAAAUAUAGGAGAUUCCCGAUGAUGGCGCUCAAUGUGCCAUCAUCGGGAAACGUGUCUUAAGGGUCCACACUGGAAAUAGGUUCCACGUGUGGAGCCCUUUUUGACACGUGGAAAAUCCUCACUUUCACGUGUCAAAAAAAGGGCUCCACACGAGGAACCCAUUUCCAGUGUCGACCCUGAAUUUUAGUUGCCCGAUGAUGGCGCUCAAUGCGCCAUCAUCGGGCAACUUGUAUAUAGAAUUUUAGCUGUUUUUAUUGCUCACCUUGGUAUUAUGGCAUUCAUGUACAUUAAAAAUGGCGACGGCGAUCCAGCCCUUUUUCUCAACACCUGUAGCCUGCGUUCGCGGGAACCUUGUGGAAGGGGAAAGGCGAUCGGAAUGUGUAUCUGGCUAGGUUUUACCUUGGCACAGUGGAGCGCAACGUCGGAUUAUGCCGACCGCAUCUCAUUCUGACACCAGGGGUUUUGCCUCAGGGGAGAUGGAUUCCAGGGUUGGAAAGGGAAAGCUCAGCAGCAUCGGGAAGGUACCUCCUGAUCAAUCGGGCAACUCCCUAGCGUGAAACUGGGCGUUACGUCCCAGGCUUUGGAUUUCCAUCUUGGCCGACAGUCCCUACAGAAAAUUUGUUUUUCAAAUUUCGGAAUGGGCAACUCUGUUGACGUACUGCUAGGUGGCGUAACUCAUCCAACUACGGGUAGCGAGUGCACAUCCUCGUCCAGUAGGAGCAACAUCUUGAAGGUCGUGAUCGAUUGGUGGUGAGCAACCGGGUGAAGCGUGAAGGGUGAAGGUAGGGCAGGGGAAACCCGCGCCAAUACGACGAGCCUCUCAUAAUACUAAUUAAUGUUAAUGUUAAUGGUAUUAUGGCAUUCUAAAAACAAAAAAAUUACAGUUAAAUUUACAAAAAAAUCCUUUAAACCUAACCAAAAAAUAAAAAUUAUUGUUAGUUUAUAUAAUCCGUUGUAAAAUUUCUUAUCGGGAUGAUCGAACCAGAGGUUGUUAUAAAUCUUAAAAAAAACGAUUAAUUUUUUAAGUCUAGAAUCUGAUAAUUCUGAUAAAAAUAAACACACUGUUGGUAUGUAGACUGAAGCAAGAAAGCUGAUCGAUGACUAGAGAGUUCAGGUUAUAAUGCUCGAUGUGCUGCAAGAGUGCAUAGAGACUCGCUUUAUCGUGGUUUCCGAUAGCCUGAGAUAGAGAAACCUGCCUUAUACUUACCUCUUGAUAGCUCAUAUCUUAAUUAAUCGAAAAUAUUCACACAUGGCCAUUAUUUUGGCACGCCAUAUUAUUAUUAAUAUUUUGAUUAAAAUUAUUAUUCGCAAGAUAUUUGUGAAUGCUAGUUUUCUAUGUCUUUAAAUUUUGUGUUUUGAAUUUGAGCGUUUUUUUAAAAAAUUAUGUAAUAAUUUUUGUUCGCCAUCUUUAAUUUGAAGCUAUAUCUAAAAUUUAAAAACACUAACUCCCCCCCCCCCCUCCGUGAGCGAACAAAACCAUUAGAAAAAUCGCCAUUUUUUGACCAAAAACCCACCCUCCGUGAGUGAACAAAAAUUUUUUAAUAGAAAAAAUUUUAAUGGAAAAAAAUUUUGAUAUAUAAGUGAUAAUUAGUAUAAUGAAAUCUAGAGCUAAUUCUGUUUAAUUUUAAACAAAUUGCGUUUUAAAACAUAAAUUUUGCAAAUUAAAUUAAUAUUUGCUUCCCAAUUUUUGCAAAUUAGGAUUUUUUUAAAUUUCGAAAAAAAUAUUUUUUAUAAAAUUUAUAUAUAAAUUUUUUUUAAAAAAAAAAAUUAACCCCCCUCCGUGAGCGAACAAAAAUUUUUUUGUUCGCUCACGGAGGGGGGGGGGGAGUAAGAACUUUUUUCGCAGCAGCACAUUUCUUUUAAUAAUUUUAAAUAUAAACUCACCUAAUAUAGAUCUUUAAUUUCCGCGUUUUGGAUUUGAGCACAAAUUUAAAAAUAACAUACUUAUUAACUUUUAUUUUCGCCAUCUUUAAUUUGAAGCUAUAUAUUUAAAUUUUAAAAUACUAACUCCCCCCCCCCCCUCCGUGAGCGAACAAAAUAAUUUUGUUCGCUCACGGAGGGGGGUUAAUUUUUUUUUUUAAAAAAAAUUUAUAUAUAAAUUUUAUAAAAAAUAUUUUUUUUCGAAAUUUAAAAAAAUCCUAAUUUGCAAAAAUUGGGAAGCAAAUAUUAAUUUAAUUUGCAAAAUUUAUGUUUUAAAAAACGCAAUUUGUUUAAAAUUAAACAGAAUUAGCUCUAGAUUUCAUUAUACUAAUUAUCACUUAUAUAUCAAAAUUUUUUUCCAUUAAAAUUUUUUCUAUUAAAAAAAUUUUUGUUCACUCACGGAGGGUGGGUUUUUGGUCAAAAAAUGGCGAUUUUUCUAAUGGUUUUGUUCGCUCACGGAGGGGGGGGGGGGAGUAAGAACUUUUUUCGCAGCAGCACAAAUUCUUUACAAAUUUAAUUACAAUCUCACCUUAUAUAGAUCUUUAAUUUCCGCGUUUUGGAUUUGAGCACAAAUUUUAAAAAUAACAUACUUAUUAACUUUUAUUUUCGCCAUCUUUAAUUUUAAGCUAUAUAUUUAAAUUUUUAAAAUACUAAGAACUUUUCUCGCAGCAGCACAUUUCUUUUAAUAAUUUAAAUAUAAACUCACCUAAUAUAGAUCUUUAAUUUCCGCGCUUUGGAUUUGAGCACAAAUUUAAAAAUAGCAUACUUAUUAACUUUUAUUUUCGCCAUCUUUAAUUUGAAGCUAUAUAUUUAAAUUUUAAAAUACUAACUCCCCCCCCCUCCGUGAGCGAACAAAAAAAUUUUGUUCGCUCACGGAGGGGGGUUAAUUUUUGUUUUUAAAAAAAAAAUUUAUAUAUAAAUUUUAUAAAAAAUUUUUUUUUCGAAAUUUAAAAAAAAAUCCUAAUUUGCAAAAAUUGGGAAGCAAAUAUUAAUUUAAUUUGCAAAAUUUAUGUUUUAAAACGCAAUUUGUUUAAAAUUAAACAGAAUUAGCUCUAGAUUUCAUUAUACUAAUUAUCACUUAUAUAUCAAAAUUUUUUUUCCAUUAAAAUUUUUUCUAUUAAAAAAAUUUUUGUUCACUCACGGAGGGUGGGUUUUUGGUCAAAAAAUGGCGAUUUUUCUAAUGGUUUUGUUCGCUCACGAGGGAGGGGGGGGGGGGAGUAAGAACUUUUUCGCAGCAGCACAAAUUUUUUUACAAAUUUAAAUAUAAACUCACCUUAUAUAGAUCUUUAAUUUCCGCGUUUUGGAUUUGAGCACAAAUUUAAAAAUAACAUACUUAUUAACUUUUAUUUUCGCCAUCUUUAAUUUUAAGCUAUAUAUUUAAAUUUUAAAAAUACUAAGAACUUUUCUCGCAGUAGCACAUUUCUUUUAAUAAUUUAAAUAUAAACUCACCUUAUAUAGAUCUUUAAUUUUCCGCGUUUUGGAUUUGAGCACAAAUUUAAAAAUAGCAUACUAUUAACUUUUAUUUUCGCUAUCUUUAAUUUUAAGCUAUAUCUUAAAAAUUUAAAUUUUAAAAGAAAUUAUACUUGCAAAAUCCAUUAUAUAAUACAUAGAUUCAAAAAUUCAAGCCAUUUUAUAUUUUGGGUGUGCCAAAAUAAUGGCUAUGUGUGAUUAUUUUCCAUUAAUUAAAAUAUAAAAUACCAGGAGGUACAUAUAAGGCAGGUUUCUUGAUCUCAAGCUAUCGGAAACCACGAUAAAAGCGAGUCUCUAUGCACUCUUGCAGCACAUCGGGAAUUAUUUACCUGAACUCUCUAUGUCAUCGAUCAGUUUUCUUGCUUCAGCCUACAUGCCAACAGUGCCCUUAUUUUAUCUGAAUUAUUAGAUUCUAGACUUAAAAAAGUAAUCUUUCUUUUUAAGACUUAUUGCAACCUCUGGUUCGAUCAUGGGCCGAUAAGAAAUUUUACCAACGGAUUAUACCUUUUAAUAAAAGGUAUCUUGAUAAAUGACUUGAAAUAACAAGAACCCUACAAGCCCUGAAGCCUCGCUCAAAAGAUUUAUAUCAGCUUCAUUCCCAAAUCCAAUCAUCCGUUGAGCAAGAAUUGCUAACUUAUAAAGAGCUUGAGUCCAAAAAAGACAAAACUUUCAAAAAAAUCAUUCAACUGAUGGAAGAAAACGAAAAUCUUUCCUCAUAUGUAAAUGCCUUAAAGCUCAAAAGCAACGAUUCGACUGAAAUUGCUUCUGAAGAAUUUGAUGAACUUAGCCUAGAAUUCAAUAAUACAGCAAGAGAAAAGCUAUAUUACGAGUCUGGAGAAGAAGAAAUUAUCCUUUAUAACGCUUUGACAAUAUCGACUUACAAAAUUAACCAACAUUUAUUAAAAUCAUUUUCCAACUGAAAAUUUUUUUCAGCUAAAUUUCCACGUUUGCAAAAAAAUGAAGAAAGUGCUGUCGUAAUUGUAAAAAAAUUAAAAGAAUUCGAAGAACAAAGCCUUUUAGAUAUUAAUGAGCUGAUAAAAAAAGCUAACUUCCCCCCUCCGUGAGUGAACAAAAACAUUUUGUUCACUCACGGAGGGGGAUUAAUUUUUUUUUAGAAAAAUUUAGAUUUAAAUUUUAUAAAAAAUAUUUUUUUUCGAAAUUUAAAAAAAUCCUAAUUCGCAAAAAUUGGAAACCAAAUAUUAAUUUAAUUUAUAAAAUUUAUGUUUUAAAAAGCAAUUCGUUUAAAAUUUUACAGAAUUGGCUCUAGAUUUCAUUAUACUAAUUAUCAUUAAUAUAUCAAAAUUUUUUACAUAAAAAAUUUUUUCGAUUGAAAAAAUUUUUGUUCACUCACGGAGGGUGGGUUUUUGGGCAAAAAAUAGCGAUUUUUCUAAUGGUUUUGUUCACUCACGGAGGGGGGGAGUAAACAAAAGGAACAAAAAAACGCGAAACCUUUAGAUUUGGUUUAUACCUUUAAAUUUCUUGAAAAAUUGAUGGACGAUAAGUUUGGAGAAGACCAAAAAUUCAUAGCUGAAGGCAAAAUGCCAAGAGAUUUAUCUGAGUUUUUGAUAGAAAAAACAUUUGCGAGGUAUGAUACUGAGGAUUUAGGAUAUAAAUUCUUAAAUCAGCUUGUUUCAGCUCUGCAUAAUUUGUAUAAAAUGAGCCAAGUCUAUGGGAUUCUUUUCUGCAGACUAUUAAAUUUAUAUCAUGAAAAACCUAUUCCGUAUAGGCUAGCUAUUUAUAUCACUCAAGCCCGCGUGUAUUUUCAGCAACUAAAGCAGUUAAAACCAGCAGACGAAACCCCAGGAUCUCCUCUUAAAGGAUUUUUAGAAGAUUCAUAUGGCGGUGAGUCUCUGCUUUCUGAUGUUAUUGAACUUGUAGAGCUGCUUUUUAAAGAAGACCAUAUAUGUGGAGCUAAAAUUUUAGAAAAAUGCAGACCAUCUAAUAUUGAGGAAGGGGAGUAUUUCUUAUAUAUAAUUUGCAAUAAAUUUUAUAGUGCAAAUAUAGAUAUUGAUGACUGAGUAGAAAAUUUGGAAUUUGGAGAUACAGUUCAUUACUCUACAUUUAUUAAAAAACUAAAAAAAAUAGAUGCUUUUGUUGAUGAAGAAAUGAUAAUUAAAAUUUUAGAUGGGGUCUUUACAAACAACACUAUUAAAAAAUCUGACUUAUGCGACUUGUUAGAUACAGAAAAAUAUAUUGAUGGAUAUACGAAUCCAAGGUAUUUUAUAAAUAAAGCAAGCUUUGUAAAUGCAAUUAUCUCAGUAUAUGAUGAAAUCUGGAUCGAUAAAGGCGCUAAAAUAUACACAGGGUUUAAAUCAAGAGAAGAUAAAAAUGGACUUAUAUCAGAGCGUGCGUUCAUAGAAGCUUGUUUUGAGUUAGAAUUGUCAAUUCCUAGAUAUGAAAUAGAAAAUUUGUAUAGAGAAGCUGCAGCUGAAGAUGGAAUUACUGGAGAUGUCGCCUAUAGUCAAGUAGUAAAACGUUUACAAUACGGCGCUUUUAAUGUUUUCAAAAUGCCGGAUUUUGAAAACUUCGCUAAUGAUACAAAGGAACGGAAAACGAUGAUGGGCGAUAUAAGGCCAUCACUUUCUUCUAUAUCAUUAUCCUUGUCUCGACUGACAGUUUAA